CGAGAGAUAAUUGGGAGAGAUAGCGACUGUUGGUAAAUUUUGUGUUCUCGUAAAGAGAAGGUUAUAUUAUGAGAAACAUGUUCAAUAUAUUCAGAAAAAUUUAGAUGAGAAGUCUUGUUUGUAAGUCGCAAUUAAAAAACAUUGCACAAGAUGGAAGAUUCUAUAAAAUCUGAGGAUACUGAACUUAACAAUGUGAUUCCUGCGUGUCCUCAAGUAAAUCAAACCUGUUCGGACACAAAAUUCUUGGGAGAUAAUAAGAAUACACAGAUUCGCAUUGUUCGAGGUAAUAAAAAGCUCAAGAUUGAUAACAGCGAUCCUAAUAAUCUUGAAAGAAAGGAUGUAAAUAAAGAUGAAGAGGCAACAGAGGCUAAAGUAAAAUCUCUCAAACGUUCAUGCGAGUUGUGGUCUAUGGAGGAUAAAAACACUUUUUUUAAAGCGCUAAAUGAAUAUGGCAAAGACUUCGAUGCCCUACAAAGCUAUUUUUUAAAUCAAGGCAGAAAACGUGGCCUCUUGGACCCUAUGAUAAAAAAUAAGGAGCAAAUUCGACAUUUCUAUUACAGAACAUGGCUAAAAAUAUCAAAGCAUCUUAAGUUUUCCGAAGAUGUUAAGAAAACUUCCCAAGAAUUAUAUGGAUUGAUAAAUUAUGGUGAACUGAGAAGAAAGUUGCCUCGUAUUCAUGAAAAGAUUCAUUUAAGACUGAAUGAAUUGAUAUAUUGGGGAUCCACUCAAGUGAGACUCAGAGGAAAAACUAUGAGAAUUAAAACACCUAUAUGUAGAGCGCUUAGAAAAUUAAAUCAAUUAGAAGAUUGGCAGGAAGAGAUUAAACUACCAUCCAGAAUAACGAUAGAACUACGACCACGUAACAACAUGGCUUGGUGGCAAGUGCAAUCAGCAUCGAUGAAUCCAAGAGUUCGCACUCUGCUUCCGAUACAGAGACGCCUUUCAAGUCUAUUGAUAUUUUUGCAACAACGAUGGCGACUCGCGAAAUACACCACAUGUUCUACUAUAGAAAAUCUCAUCGCUAAUGAUGCGAAGGACAUUCGUUUAUUGCGAAUUGCUCCAUUAGAAGGAUGUAAGGUUGCUUUGCCGAUGGUGAAUCUUGGGGAAUAUCUUACUAGCAAUAGCGUCAGUUUGAAUUCAUACGAAAAACGUCUCGGUCUCAAGAGUUCUAGAGUGGAUUUGUUAGGAUCUGUUCAGUAUUUAAAAGGUGUAGGGAAAAAAGGAAUCAAACGGUAUAAAUCGGACAAGAAGCUUUUAAACCGCACCGACGAAAAUUGUACACUGCCAGAUAAUAGCAGCGAUAUGGAUCUGUUGGAAACAGGAAGUAAUGUAUCUGAAAAACCAGCUAUUAUAAACAAUACGGAAAAACCUUCGGCGGAAUAUCAUACAGAGCCUAACAAAUUUCCUGGUAGAGAGACUAUCGAGAGAAUUCGAAAAGGUUGGAAUGUGGAAGAGGCAAAUACAAUCACUGUGGGCGAUCUUUUUUUAAUGUUUGGUCGUGAAUCAAAAGUUACUUUGGAAUAUUGGUGGGAUUGGCCACCUAACGAACAAUUUGCAACUGAUUCAUCGAGUAUCAUGCGUGAAAAUUUAUGUUCGGUUUUACAAAAGUUGUUGUCACUGGCAAAACAUAAUUAUGGUACAAACAAAGUAUAUGAUAACACAACAGGAAGUAACGAAACAGUGAUCUCAUCUCGCGUACCAUCUAUUAAGGAAUCUACAUUCAGAAGACCUCUUAUCCCGCAAACGUAUAAUAAGAUUGGCACAGCUGAUGCAUUUAAAACGCAACUCGAUAAAUUCAAAACACGUUUUUGCAAACGAGGUAGAACAGUGAGACAGAAGAGUCUCGUUAUACAAAGGGUGCUACCUAUCGUGUCCGCGCAAAGUAUGCCCUCGGAAAGUCUGACAACCGAUGCAAGUAAGAUCGAUGGAUCGUCUUCUUUAUGUCAAACCGAAACCGAUAAAAUAGCGCCGGUAAAUGCGAGCGAAACUCAAGAGAAAAGCUUCUUGGAUGCUCUAGAAACGAGCGCGGAUGCGAAAAAUUCCAAUUCAAUUAUUACCAGCGCUACUCAAAUUCUUAAGGAAGGCGAACAUCAAUGGUUAAAUAGCGAGGUUGCAGAUUUUUCAUUGAGCAGCUUUUUGGGACAACUCGAUUCGCCUAUGAAAGGCUCGCAAAGAAGUCAGGCAGGCGAACAAAUCAUGGAUGACACUCGUCCUUCCUCCGAUGUUGUAUCACAUAUGCAAUGCCUUAUGGGAGAGAAUAGCGUAGACUAUAUGGCAAAAUUUGCAAAUCUGGCUUCACAGAUAGCUUCUGAUGAAAAUAAGAAAUAGGUAAUUUCAAAUUAAAUUUUCUUUCACUAUAAAAAUAUUCCGUUCUUGUUUUUGUAUGUGUGAUUCUAGUACAAAAGUAAGAGGGUGAUAUUUAUUUAUACAUAUAUGUAUUUAAUUUUUACAUGGAUAUGAUCCCAAUUUUAAAAUCAAACCAUUACAUAGCAUAUCAGUAUACUGUAAAUAUUUGUAAUUUUUUAUAUUGUAACCACGUGUACAUAUUGUACAUAAAACAAUAGAUAAAUGACAGUGUGUAGCAACAUUAUAACAAUUCUUUUUAAAAAGAAACUACUUAUCCUGGCAAUAAAAAUUGUCAAGAGGAAUCAUAAUACGAGAACGAGCUAUUUUAGAUAUUAUUAUGUCAAUUUUUUGUAUUAAUAAUUAUCACUUAAUUUCAAUUAGAAAUGCAUGAAACAAUUAUAAUAACAUGACGAAUGUAAAGUAAAAUUAAAUAAUGUCGAUAUCCCAGGUAACAAGAGUAUGUCAGUUUGACGUCAUUAGACGGUUUGUCAUUUUUAUAUUUAAUGAUGUCAAUUUACUACUUGAGAUAAACUAAUCAAUAUGUAAAUUCAAACUUACGUAAUUUAAUAAUAACGAUUAUUGACGUUUUA